CAUCUCUUUUUCUCCUUUCUCUUCCUAUAAAUAACCCCCCUCCUCCUUUGUUUUCCUCAUCCAUUGAUCCUCAAGGCAGCUCAAGCAACACUAAACCGGGCAAUUCAUCUCACUCUUCAAUUAGUUUCCACACGAUGUCGCUGAUUCCUAGCUUUUUCGGCACCGGUCGCAGGACCAACAUAUUCGACCCCUUCUCGCUCGACGUGUGGGAUCCUUUCCAGGACUUCGCCGUCUCAGCCCCUCGAUCCGACCUGGCCGGCGAGACGGUGGCGUUCGCCAACACCCGCAUUGACUGGAAGGAGACGCCGGAGGCUCACGUCUUCAAGGCAGACCUGCCGGGCCUGAAGAAGGAGGAGGUGAAGGUCGAGAUCGAGGAGGGGAGGGUGCUGCAGAUCAGCGGGGAGAGGACUAAGGAGAAGGAGGACAAGAACGACACGUGGCACCGGAUGGAGAGGAGCAGUGGGCGCUUCAUGAGGCGGUUCAGGCUGCCGGAGAACGCCAAGGUGGAGCAGGUGAAGGCCUCCAUGGAGAACGGGGUGCUCACCGUCACGGUUCCGAAGGAGGAAGUGAAGAAGCCGGACGUGAAGGCCGUUCAGAUCACCGGCUGAGCCCCACUACUGUACUAGUUUGUUUCCGACACAGUACAUCAACUGGGUCGGUGAUGGGUCUUUGUGGCUGUGUCAAAUAAGAACAGGGUCGAGGCUCUUGUUGAGACUCGGCUGUUCCGGGAUUGCUGUCUCUCUCUGCUUGUCUUGUGUGCACCUGUAAAUCUGUUAUCAGUCUCUGAAGAAACGUUAAGUCUUUAAUAGAAAAUCAUAUAUCUGAUGAGUCUUUCGUCUCCA